AUGGAUAAACUCACGAACGACCCCUAUGUUUUGAUUGCCAUUGUGCAUGUUUCAGAUUUCAGACUGCAAUGCACACCGAGUGGAAGCUAUCAAGAUCCUCAAUAUGGUACUCUGGACAAAGCUAAGUACCAAUUUAUCGGAGAAAGACUGCACGGUGCCAAUGAUUUUGAUGAAGAUUUCAUGAGAAUGUAUUCGCUACUCAGCAACAUCCAAAAUGCUGGAGCGAAAACGCAAUAUUGCAAAGACAUGCUGAAUGAAAACACAAUCAGGUUUGCUAAGAAUGUAUUCGAAAAAAGAGAAUUUCCUGUACCAGAUUCUCCAACAUCCACAAAAUGUGCUGUUUAUCUAGAGGAUCUGGAAAAUCCGCAGGAAGGAUCUUCCACAGUUACUCUAAUGAGUAAGAUGGACGCUGAAACAGCUCAUUGGCCUAUCAAAGAAGAGUAUGUCAAUGACUUGGAAGGUAUCAAAGCCAAUUACAAGGCAAUACCACUCUGCGUCUAUGACAGCAAUGACAUGUUCGUUGAACCGGCGAAUGUCAACAAAAUGCUACACAACACACUCGUUGAAGUGCACUUCACUCUUCAUCAUACUUACAUUCCAAAAUCUACCCUGCCUCACGAUUCAUUCCGCGCCAAUAUCAAACAAAUUCUGAUCCUGGACUCCGGAAAGCAGAGAGAAAAUAUAUACAGAACAGAUCCAUGUACAGGUCCUAUCUGGAUGCACCACUCUCCCCCGCCUGCAGAUCUCCCACCCACAAAAAAGAUGCAUACUGAAGAAAGCAGAGACGAGCAGAACGGUAAAGAAAAGGAAUGA